GUCAUACGUGUAGAGUUUAUUAUGCCGUGGUGUCCAAGCAAAGCUUGUUUUGUUUUUGAUUUCUAAAAUAUAACUUUACUAUGAAAAUUAAGUAGGUACCUAGGUACUAAAGUUAUUAAGUAAAACGAAGUAGGUUAUUCUAGGUUUGUAGCGUCACGGUUGCGCUAUGAAGAUCCUAUAUUGCCCUAGAACACUAUGAAGUCGUCUCAUCGUCGCGAUCGUCGCCACAGCCAGCAGGUGUAAACAGACGAAAAUGAGUCAUUAAUGUUUUUAAGACGGAACGAAUCAGUGUGAUUGUCCAGUAUACGGGCGCGGGCGCGGCGUAUGCGCAUAUUCUUCAACUUAUCUAAGUAAUGUGCUGAUAACACGUCUCCGUAUAAAUUCAUCUCCAAUUAUUGGUGCUACCUAUUAUAUUUUUGGUCAAUCAUGGCAUACCCAAAUCAGCCGGCACCCCCUCCACCCCAGACGAUGGGCUCAUCGAACACAGUCUUCAUAACAGAGACGCGGUUUGAUCUGUCCUAUUUGACCACUCCUUCUGGGAUCAUCAAGGCAGUUAUCCUAGUAUUCAACAUUAUCGGCUUCAUCUGCAUCAUGUCUUCAGCCUUCCGAUCCAACGGGCGAGGGGUUUACUUCUGUAUAUUAGUCGUCUUCGCCUUCUUCUUCACCGGAGCCAUACUCAUCCUGUACCUGUACCAUGCGGUGGAGAAAUACCACAAUGUCAAGUGGUUGAAGAUUGAGAUGAUUGCGUACACCACAUUUGUGUUUUUGUAUCUCAUCGCGGCAACAAUUGCUGUGGCGUUUGGGUCGGCGGCGUAUUCAGCGGCUGGGUUCUUCGCGUAUCUAACCAUGGUGCUGUACGGGAUAGAUGCGUUCCUCAAAGUGCGGGCGCUCAAAGACGGUCAACUGGCGCAAGGACACAGAACGGUCACCAAGCAAGUUCACAUGGUCACCCCGCCCGCCUUGCCUUAGCAGGGCAAGUGGUAGGAUGAUGCGAGGAUAAGCCUGAAGAUAUAAUUUGUAUAUUUGUAAGUUGAAAUGUUUCAAAUCCUAUAAUAUUUAAAUCCGUAAGGAAAAUCAAACAUUGUGUUGCUAUAGUCAGUUUUGCAGCAACGCAAAGUAGUUUCUUGUAUUGUUGAGAGAUAUUAUUUCGACUGGUGUGGAAAACUUAUGGAAAAUACGUUAAUCUGACUCGACAAUAAGCCAAAGUGUGAAAACUUUUGUUUGUAUGUAAAUAAUAUUGAUGGCCACGUAUUGAUAAACAUUUUGUGGUAUAUUAUAUUUGUUAGUUAGCGACCCUCGGCCCUGUGUGCCCCGUAAGGGAUAAAGACUUAAUACUGACAAUAUAUUUGCCAACAGAGUGGAUCCAGUAUAUAUAUAUAUCUGUUGUUGUUUCAGUCUCAACAGAUCAUAAACAUGGCAAAAAUUAUUACAAACGCAUUUUUAAAGCAGUCUUUGUUCUUAAUCUACAAUACAAAAUCUAUUGAUAAUUGAGAUGUGGCUCAAAACCAAAGUCGUGUGGACUGACAUGAAUAUUUAAGUUAAAUUAGUCAUAAAAUAAAUAUAUAUAUUAUUAUUAUUAUCAUCAUCAUUCAAGGGACUUCGUGCAGAAGUCAUUAGGUGAAGAAUCUGGCUUUUAGUUGUUGUAAUAUAAAUGUGUAUUUAUUUACUAAAUGCACACUUAGACCGGCAGAUGACAUAAGAACUAUGUGCUCAUCGCUGUAAGUACAAAUAGUUUCACAAUAUAACUUUACGUUUGGCGUAUGUCGGGCACAGGCUAUUGGAGUGGCAUAUUUAUUGGCUCGACAAUUAAUUCUCGAAAUAUUAUGUAUGGAAGAUUUGACAGAUAAAAAGUUAACCAGAUUCUUUCGAUUAUUAUUAUAGGGGGGACAUAUCCUCCUAUAAUAAUCGAAAAAUAUAAUUCAUAUAUCUUUCUUUCUUUUCCAGUGUGUUGAUUUUACACACAGAAGACUUGAUCGCCUCACUCUGACGUGAAUUUUACACGUUUACUUAAACUGUUAACCAUAUUCAUACAUAAUAAAUAUACAUUAUUUCAAGAGUAGCAAACUUUGUAAUUUUGUAAUUAUCCUGGAAUUCCCACUCCAACUAGAUUAAAAUUUUCAAAUAUAAAAAAUAUUUAUUUCGAAUAUAUUCCUCAGUUACGCUAUAAGUAUUUACAAUCACGAAUUAUGAAUGCAUCAUGCUAAUCUCAAGGCUGUCACGCCGAUGUGAUUUGAAUUUAGAACGACGUGAUUGUUUUAUCUGUGGUUCCGAUGCAGUGCACUUUGAUUGUUUAGUUAUUUGAUAUUUUACUUCUAUUGAAAUGACAGCGAUAAACUCAAAAUUAAUCCUACUCGUGCCUCCUGGGUUCUUAGAUCAAUCUUGUUCUCAUGUAGGCUUUCAAUACUAAUAAAAAAACACUAUUUAUAACUUAUUUAUUAACUUUAUUUAUACUUCCAAAUUGGAACGUUUUCUGGAGUCGAGUCGAGACUAGAUGAAAGUAAGAGAUAGAAAACCAAUACAGUCACAAAACUCUCCAUUAACAAAACCAUAAAGUUGUACGAAUUACAUUUUAAAAUGGGUAUACCACAUGAAAGAUGCCGCACGAGCAAGUCUGCAAUUCUUGUUGCAUGUAAUGAACAGUGCACUAUUCAUGUGCAAGUACAAAGGCAACUUUUAAAAGUAGAGAUGAUUGAACCAUCUCAUUACCGCAUAUUUCUUGACGUCAUCUGCGGAGUCAGGGCCGAACUAAAUGACCGGUGGAGUGUAGGCUUGCAAGAUGCCUUAUAUAAAUAGUAUUUAUUUACAUUGAUUCUGAAAUUGAGGUUUAGUGUACAGCUAUUUCCUAAUGUAGCUUGUACUGGCAUCGUAGAUUAACAAAGAAUAUGCAACUACAAACGAUAAGCAACACACGAAUUGAGAAACGAAGAGAUCUAUUCAUCACUUAUAUAAAUGUAAAUAUCUGCUAAAUAUGUAUAUUCAGAUGUGUAUGACUUCAUAUUAGUUAUAUGAAAUGACUUAAAAAAUAUUUAUAGCGAAAAUUUUAUUAUUACCCACCUAUAUGUUAACAAGUCUAUGUGUAAAUUAUGUUUUGGUGUAAUAUUUAUAUUAACAGCCAGAUACUUUGUCAAAAUAUUAAAAGCGCGCCAAAUCCAAGAUGCGGCUCCAUUCAGACUUUACAUGGGACUGUGUAUUUUAAGAGAUCACGCCAGGCGUUUGGCGCCGCAUGGACCAAACACGCUAGGCGUUUCCUAGUUUCCAAUUAAAUAUGAUAGUUAUCAAAAAAUAUCGACAUUAUAAAUAAUAUUAUUUUUGACAAAUUAUUUGGAAGUUUGUAUAAAAUUGAUCAUUAUUAAGUAUUCAUAUUGUUUAUUUCUUGUUACCUCGUUGUGUACUUAUUUUUAGACGAAUAAGUUAAUCUUUUGUGAUAUAUGAAAUUAAUAUAGCAAUUUUAGUUCUAGGUUAACCAUAUUUAUUGAUUGGUGAUUAAAGAUUUAUACAUUUAGAUAUUUUAAACUCAAUAUUUAAUUGAAUGUUGGGUAAAAAUUAUAUUCUACACUUUAAAUGUUUGAAACUAAAACUUUUGCUUAUCAAUAUUUUAUUGUUGUGCCAAAAUCGGGCCUAUAUGUACCUAUAAUUUGUACGUAUAUCGUGAAUAAUAUUAUAAAUACAAAAGUGAGUUUGUUGUCAUCUCCUUGUUGUUACUUUUCUGGCAAAUAGAGACAGAGAGAGAGACAUAUGCUGAGAAGUAUGUUACCUGCAUAUGUACGGAGAAGGACAUAGGAUGUUCAUUCCGAAAAAAAGUCAGUUCUUGUAAAAAAUACAUGCGGUUGAAGCCGUGGGUAAAACUUAUAGUGAGAUAUCAUGUAACAGAAAUAGUUUAAUAUUUACAUUUGACAUAUUAAGCGCCCCCUAUUGGUAAAAAAUGUUACGGACCCUAAUUGACAACCAAACGAGUCUCAAUUUUGUAGUAGUUUAUUAUUGGUAAGAGUGUGCUCAUAAAUAUGUAACCGUCAAAUAAUGUUUCUCUUAAGGUAAUUUAACAUUUCGGAGUGUAGUUACACACCAGGUGGUAAAAAGGUGGGCUGGAAGCUUUAAGACUAAAGACUAGGUAGGCAAAUAAACUAGAUCGCGACUAGACUUCUGUUAGGCUAGAUUAACCUAUAAUCGCGAAUUGACUAAAUCGAAAUUGGACUAAGUCUCGGUUGGUCUACUUUUAUGCUAUACAGUCAGGUAGAUAUUUGUAUUUUAAAAAACAACCGACCAUGUCCUUUAUAAUCUUCAGGAUGAUUCUACCUUCCCCAAUCUCCUUGGCCCAAGUCUCGAUUUUUUAAUAAAGUUUCAUUCACGGCUGUGGCGCCCGAAGUUCGCAAUAAACUUUAACAUUUUGAAACACCAUAUCUCAUAGUCUAACAGGAUCUAAUCUUGUCAUCUCUCUGAGAAUUAGACGUAAAUCUUCCAACCCAGAAGGUGGCUAACGUUUUAUUUUUUCAAUCUGUAUUUAAUAAAUCAUAUUUUAUAAGCACGUGGUGCACUUUAUAUUGACACUUAUAUUAAUUAUAUUGUUAUAUUAAUGAAAUCAAGCAUUUUCUCAUCACAUAAUAUAUUUUUUCAACAUGUUCUAACUAUAUUUGUGUUUAAAAUAAAAUGCAUAAAUCGUA